CUGGUUUUGUGCCUUCUGCCAGCCCUUGGCCAGGGCUUCCCUGGGUGGCUGUUUUCCCAGUCCCAGACUGGGCUGUUGGGUCUGGGUAUGGAAUAUAGUAUUUGAAAUGGGGCCACCAAACGGUGCAGAGCUCCCGAGGUGACUCCCCUACCUAGCUCGGAGGCGGCCCUCCCGGGAGGGUCUGAGGAGGGGGGAGUGGCGCGGGCUCCCACCCCAGGCAGCCGAGGGCGGGUCCGGGCCAGGCCCUGCCCCUCUACCCCAGGCCUCCGCCCCUGCCCUUCCAGCGCUGCGGGCGGGCGCACAGGUAGCUCCAGGAGCCCAAACCUGUCGGGCCGGUUUUGAGAGCCACGGGGACGCCGGCUGGUGAAGGAUGCACGGCCUGCCCUGCGCUCUGUCCGCAUCCCCGGCCGCCUGAGCCCCGUCCUGCCUGCCCCGCAGCCCCCCGGCCCACCCCAUGACGCGCGCGCCCGGCCUCCUGGCGCCCCUGCUGGGGCUGGGGCUGGGGCUGGGGCUGGGGCUGGGGCUGGGGCUGGGCCUGAGCCCGCCGGGGGCGGGGGCCGCGGACUGCGGGUCCCUCGGCCGCGCAGAACGCCUGGUGUUCGCGCCAGCGGCCAGGGUCCAUUGGCUGGCCCCUCGCGUCCGCCCAACCGGGGCCCUGAACCCCCUGUACGGCACCGUGCGCCGCUUCCUCUCCGUGGUGCAGCUCAACCCCUUCCCCGCCGAGCUGGUAAAGACCUUGCUGAAUGAGCCAUCCUCCGUGAAGGUGGAUGAGGUGGUGCGGUACGAGGCGGGCUACGUGGUGUGUGCUGUGAUCGCCGGCCUCUACCUGCUGGUGGUGCCCAUUGCCGGGCUGUGUUUCUGUUGUUGCCGCUGCCGCCGGCGCUGUGGGGGCCGAGUGAAGACGGAGCACAAGGCCCUGGCCUGUGAGCGGGGCACCCUCAUGGCCUUCCUGCUGAUGACCACCCUCGUGCUACUGACUGGUGUGGUCUGUGCCUUUGUCACCAACCAGCACAUGCACGAGCAGGUGGGCCCCAGUGUUGAGGCCAUGCCUGAGAUUCUGCUCAGCCUCCGGGGCCUGGUCUCCGAUGUCCCUCAGGAGCUGCAGGCCGUGGCACAGCAGUUCUCCCUUCCCCAGAAGCGAGUCUUGGAGGACCUGGACGGUGUCGGCAUGAGCAUUGGGCAUACCAUCCACUCCCAGCUCAGGAGCACCGUGUAUGAGGUGCUGGCCUCCGUGAGCAGCCUAGGCCAGGCCCUGCAGGUCUCUGUGGAUCACCUCCAAGCCCUGAACAGCACGUUGCUGGAACUGCGGAAGGGACAGCAGGACCUGGAGCCGGCCGUCCGUGAGCGCCGUGAGCGCCUCCUCGCCCUGCUGCAGGAGCCCGGCUGCCAGGGCUGCACCGAGGCCCGGAGCCGGGCCAGUGCCCUGGAGCUGGGAGCUGACUUCCGGCAGGUAUCCCCUGUGGACGAUGUCCUGCAUCGGCUGAGGGGCGUCCCAGAGGCCAACUUCUCUGGCAUGGUCCAGGAGGAGAACAACACCUUCAAUGCCCUUCCGCUCCUGGCAGGCUUGCAGAUGGCCAACGUGGUCAAAGAGCUGAAGAAGGUGGUGGCCCAGAGGCCUGAAGGGCUGACGACACUGGCCGAAGAGUUCCCAGGCUGGGAGGCCGCCUCUCGCUGGAGCCGGGCGUUGGAGGAGGUGGAAGAGAGGAGCCGCCCCUACCUGAAGGAGGUGCAGAGAUACGAGAAAUACAGGUGGAUUUUGGGCUGCGUGUUGUGCUCCGCGGUCCUGCUUGUGGUCGUCUGUAACCUGUUGGGCCUCAACCUGGGCAUCUGGGGGCUGUCUGCCAGGGAGGACCCCAGCCACUCGGAAGCCAAGGGAGAGGCUGGAGCCUGCUUCCUCCUAAUAGGUGCGGGCUUCAGCUUCCUCUUAGCUGCGCCCCUCGUCCUCCUUGUCUUUGCCACCUUCCUGGUGGGCGGCAACGUGCAGACGCUGGUGUGCCAGAGCUGGGAGAGCAAGGAGCUCUACAAGUUUGCAGACACCCCAGGGAACUUGCCCCCGUCCAUGAACUUGUCUCAGCUUCUUGGCCUGAAGAAGAACAUCAGCAUCCUCCUGGCCUAUCAGCAGUGCAGGGAAGGGGCUGCGCUCUGGAGUGUCCUGCAGCUCAAUGACUCCUACGACCUGGAGAAGCACCUGAAUAUCAGCCAGUACACUGCCAAGCUGCAGCAGGAGUUGCAGAACCUCAAAGUAGACAUGAAGAAUCUGGACCUGCUGAGCCCAGCCGCCCACCGGGACCUGGAAGCCCUGCAGAGCAGUGGGAUCGAGAAAGUCCACUAUUCCAGCUUCCUUGUUCAGAUCCAGAAGCCCGUGGUGAACACCAACAUGGAGAAGCUGGCCCAGGAGCUGGAAGAACUGGCCCGGACCCAAGUGAGAAGGGGCCAGAGACACCACUGGGCAGGCAGGAGUCAGAGAGAGGCCCGGGAGGGCAGUUCUGUGCUGGGGCAGCAGCUGCAGGAGGAGGCCCAAGGGCUCAGAAACCUCUAUCAGGAGAGGGUCCUCCCCCAGCAGAGCCUUGUGGCUGAGCUCAACUUCACUGUCAGGGCCCUGGCAUCCUCAGCCCCGAAUCUCCAGGUGGAGACCUCUGGUGUCUUGGACAAGGUCACUUACCUAAAAGGAGAGCUGCCAACCUGGGCCACCAGCAUCUUGAGGAAUGAAAGUGAGUGUUUCCUGACCCGGGAGGUGGGUUACUUCUCCCAGUAUGUGGCCUGGGUAAGAGAGGAGGUGACUCAGCGCAUUGCCACCUGCCAGCCUCUCUCCGCAGCCCUGGACAAUGGCCGUGUGGUCCUGUGUGACAUGAUGGUUGACCCCUGGAACGCCUUCUGGUUCUGCCUGGCAUGGUGCACCUUCUUCCUGAUCCCCAGCAUCAUCUUUGCUGUCAAGACCUCCAAAUACUUUCAUCCCAUUUGGAAACGCCUCAGUUCCACCAGCUCGGAGGAGACUCAGCUUUUCCACAUCCCCCGGGUCACCUCCCUGAAGCUGUAGGACCCCAGUGGGGGCAUUUGCUGGCUGCAAGGUGAUGCCAGGGGCUGCCCGCCCUCCUCCUGCUUGGACUUGAACUGGACCAGAGGACUUCCGUUGCUCUUGCUCAGAGCACAGACUGUCAUCAGGCCUGGAUUGUCCUUCAGCUCCAGUUACCUGACCCCAUUUUACCUAUUUCUUCCCUACCCCCUUGCUGCUCAUGAACCCCUUUUAUCAUUCUCAAAAGCACAUUUAACUUUUGUUGAGCUACAGGAGCCGAUAGGUUCUCCUGGGUGUCGAUCCCUUCUCCUCCUUGCUGCAAUGUAUUAGCAUCAGGGGAAGCCUGUUCUCCACCUAUUGGAACCCCUUCCUCAGCCCCAUGGGUGAGACAGAGGCCCUGCUCAACCCCAUUCUGUCACUAUCUGCCCCAUCCCUUGCCCACGCCUCCCCCGACUCCUCUCCGAGCUCCUGCCCCUUUUCAUCAUCUGACCUGCCCACCUGUCCUAGCUUCACUCUGCCCCAGCCCUUACAUCCUCCCCCUAGGGAUACCCUUUUCCCUGUUUUGUCCUCUUUCUACCUUAACCCACUACCUUGCUGGCACCCAGGGACCCCUCCUGCCCAACUAAGCUAAUCAGGUAAAGCCACCAAGCAGGCCAGGGGCCACUGGGGCUCUGCCUCAUGGCCCUCGAGCCCUCCACUGCCCAGGCACCUGGACCUCCACAGGCUCUGGCCUGGAUUUCUGGCCACCCUGUGGAGUGAGGGAGGCCUGUCUGAGGGCUGAGCCCCUUGCCUGCACUCUGGGUUGGAAAUAGUGCUUUGUCCUGUAGCUCCUCUCUGAGCACUGGCUCCUAGGAAGGGACCUGGGACAUGGGCCAGGGUGGGGGGGUGUCACCCCUGGCUCCCCAGAAGGUAACCUCUUUGGCAACCCCCACCCAGCUUUCCCAGGAGAGAUCUGGUGGCCACAACUGGAUUUUGUACUGUGGCCCCUACUGCACCUAUCCUAUGCAUGAGGCCUAGUCCAUCCUGUGCCCUCUGCAUGCUGGAUGCUGAGUUCCAGAAACAGGGAAAAGGAGGAGGAAAGAGAAGAGAUGGACAAAACCUCAGAUCCAAAGUGUUCUCACUUCCUAAGCCUUGGCCUUGGAUCUCUGACACCAGCUCAGGCUAGGGCCCUAUAUGUAGUUGGUUUUUUGGAGGGGAGAGUCCAAGACUUCCUCUGAGGGUAGACAUCCAGGAUUACCCCAGCAAUCCGCAGAUGGGGAGUGGGACCCACUCUAGGACCAGGCAGACCUGGCUGCACUUCCUGGCUUUAAUGCUUGGUAGCUAGGACACCUUGAACAUGUUCUGUGUGUUCCCUAGACCUCAGUGUCUCCAUUUCUAAAUUGGAGAGAAUAGUCAUGACCACCUCCUGAGGCUAGAAAAAUGUGACAUUGCACGGAAAGCCCUUGGCAGGACCCUGGCACAAAACAAAUGCUCAGAUGCUGCUUUUUUUUUUUUUUUUCCUGCCAUAACUACUCUGGGCCAGGGGCCGGGCUGGGUCUUGGCAGGUACAAGGGAGGAGGGAGACGGGUCCCUGUUCAAAGGUGCGAAGCCCUUUAAGGUUACGGUCUGCUGAGUUUCAGGGGGUGUUUAUGUUGAAUUGCAUUUUACAAACCAGCAAACGAUUUGCUACUAGAAAUUAGGGUGGUGUGCACACAACGUGCUGUCACUGUUGCGAGCACACUCCAACCAGGCAUCCUUGAAUGUAGCGCAACUGCCUUUUUUUUUUUUUUUUUUGGCUUUUCCCAAAGCUUUCUGGGCUUGUUUCUCAUCUGUUGCCCUAUGCAGGGGAACUGUGGCGCCCUGCAUGUUAAGAAUGAAAUUGAUGGGAUAAAAAUAGAGAAAACAGUUAAAUAAUUUCCAGUUCUCCACCUUAUUCUUUCUCUAUGUGAGCAUACUGCACAUGGUUAUUUUAAAAUUUAAUAACUUCCUAAUAUGGAACCUCUUUGAGUCUAUUUCUAGUGUCUGUUGUUUAUCUUGGUUUUUGUUGGUUUUGCCUCGUUUCCUCACGUACUUGGUGACUUUUGAUUGAAUGCCACCCAUUGCAUCUGAAAACCUGUAGAAAUAAUCUGAGGCCUAGGAUGAAGUUAUCUACCCUCUUGAGGAUUAUGUUUCCAUCUGGUGGAUGGCUUGGGAUCUAGCAAACCAGGAUUGUUUUAAUCUAGUUUCAGGACUGAGAUGAU